UCCUCUUUUUCCGUCCUGGGCCUGUUAAGAAAUUUACUCUAGACAUAGACACUGCAUAUGCUCCAUCGCCGUAUCAAUCUGAUUAUGAUAUGUGGUGUCUUUUUCUGUCAAGAAAUGGUGUGGAGGAACUUAACAUAUCUUUAUAUAGUUAUCAAAAGCCAGAUUAUCAGCUGCCAUUUUGUUUACUCUCUUGCAGGACAAUUAAGAAACUGAUAGUCGGAGGUCUCUUUUUUGAUUUGCCUGUAAAUGCUUGUGGUAUAUUUUCUAAUGUCACUUCAUUAGCUUUCUUCAAUGUUACAUUUAAGCGCAUUGUUUAUGGAAUUGCCUCUAGUAUUAGUACUCCUAAGCUUGAGAAGCUGGCUUUCGAGGAUUGUGGAGGGAUCAAUAAGUUUGAGAUCAGCCCUCCAAAGCUUGAAAUCUUGUCUGUUAUUGGUUCUAUAUAUGAUCUAUAUGAUUUUGGUGAUUCGAGAUGGUUGGCACUACAUUUGAAAGCCAUUAAGACUCUUUGGUUGUGUGGCUCUUCGUUGGAGUGUAUGCGUGUAUCUAUGUUUUCAACUGCAAUAAAUCUGCGAGUGCUGAAGCUAUAUGGAUUACAUUUUGGUUAUUGGGAUCAGCCUCUCGUUUUUAUGCAAUUGCUUCAAAAAUGCCCCAACCUAUGUGAACUGCAUAUUAUUGCGGAUGAGUUCGGUUCGAAGGAUUACAAAGAAGCUGCUUCAAGGCUUUUGGAGGAUCCAGAUAGUUGCUUUGUUAGUAAUGAGCUGAAAAUGCUUAACACAAUCAAGAUUGAAUCAAAGUGUGCAUCUGCGCUCCAAAUGCUUUUUAUAAAAAUGUUACUUUCAAAAUCUCCUGCGCUAGAGAGAUUUGUUCUGAAGUUUUGGGAUAUGAAUGCCCUCGAGGUGAGAAAAAUCCAAAGGAAGUUGGAAUGCUUUCCGCAUGCAUCUUCAAACGCACAUUAUAUUGUCUUCACGGACAAUGAUAAUGAUUCUAUGGGUAUGGAUUACUGGCAACAUUGGUUUAGCCUUUCACAGACUUGGUGAAUCUCCAUGGGUUCAAU